UCUUGAGAGGGCCUGGGGUCCAGGACACAGGGCUCACCUAAGGCUGCUGCUGGAUCCUCCAGACUAGGGGAUCCAGAGCCACCUGGCAGACUGGCACUGAGUGACAGUACUGCAGUGUGCCCCUGGGAGAGGGGCAGGAGAGACCUGUGAGGCACUGGAGGGAAGGAACUAAAGCUGAUAGAAGGGGCAAGACUGAGGAGAACCCACUGGGCAAAUUAAUCCUCCUUUCAAACUCCAGGUAAUGCUAGAGAAGGCUGAAGCAGUGGAUUCCCUGAGGCCACCAUGAACCGUGACCAUCUUCCACUCUAGUCUAUGUGUAUUCAGUUCCCAAUAUUAUAGGCCCGGGAGAAAAAGUAAUACACUAUGUUCAGGAAGAGGUGUUACUUGCCACCUCUCUCUCUAGAUAGUAGGUAGCCCACUUUCAAAUAAAAUGUGAGAUACAGCAUUAAACAAACAAUCAAAUAAAACCUAGUGGUAAAGAACAAAGUACUGAAAAGAGCUUCAUUCAUAAAUCACACAGAUGUUACUAUCAGAGAAUUUAAUUUCAUUUACUUUCUAAAAAGAAUUCUUGUGUGCCUAGAUACAGCAUCUCUGGUAUUUUGAAAUGCUAUGAUUUGCAAGGUCAUCGUGUCAAGUCCCCCACUGUCAUAGUGUCAAGUUCCCUAGUCACAUAGGCUGGGUGUAAGCUUCCAAAACCUUAAAGCAGUGCUGUCGGGCUCUCUCUCUGUCCUGCUCUUUCUCCAUUUCACUGUCUCUAUACAGGAAAUAAAACACACAAACAUUACUUCUUAGAAAAAAAACACCAGGACUCUGACAACUGUAUUGGAGGAGAUCACUGCCAAGAUUUCGUGAGUAGAGACACACUGCCCUAUCCCACUGCACUAUACUUUCCAUCUGUGCCAGAUUUCACUGUGGAACCUGCCUCCUGCCAAGGGACCAUGUCAACAAAGAAUAAAGUGGGCAGGAUUAAUCCUAUCAGCACUCCCUGACUGCAGAACACAUGCAGGCUCAGCAAGAAGCUGGGGCAGCUUCCACCUUAACCCACUUGCUGGCCCAGAAAGCCCAGAAACUCCUCUGCAUGACCCCAGCAGCCACUCGUGACCCCAACAGGCCCUCCUGACACCAGCUGAGACCUCUAGUCCCAGACACAGGAGAGCCCACAAGUCCAGCUGCCUCCUGAACCCCGCCCACAGCGGCCCCUGCAGAUCCCGGCAGACCCCGUGUUCCUAGGCACCCCUACAACCCAGGAGCUCCAGCUGGAGCAGGAGCAGAGUAGGAGCAGAGCAGGAGCACACUGCCCUCGCGCCCCUGCUGCCGUUGGUCGCUGAGCGCCUCCUACUGGCUCCCAGUCCGCAGCAGAGCUAUGCUGUGGGUCCCUGUGCUGCUCCUGCUGGGCCUGGGCCUGGCCUUGGGCCACCCCUCUCUGAUUCUGCCUCCCAGCCUGGAGCCCCAGGACUUGGGCCACCACCAAUCCCAGGACAAGGAGAUUGAAUCCAGGUCCUUCAGGGGCGUUUGCCCCUCCUCCGAGCCAAGCCCAGAGCCGGCCCUCCUCCACACUCACCUUUCGCCUGAGGUCCCUGUCUCACAGCACACCCAGCCCAAGAAAGGCCGCCCAAGACUGCAUCGCUCACCAAGCCACCUAUCUCAGACGACCCGCAGACCCCUGCACAGGCCAGGGAGGGGACAAACAGCCAGCACCAAGGGGACCCCCAUGGCCCAAACUGCCUGUGUCUCUAGAGGGCUGAUCUUUGAAGCUGUGGACUCUGACCAUGACCAACACAAGCAGCCUAGUGUGUUGCCUCAGGUGAAUUUCUCAUGUGUCAUCAAGGAGGUGAAGAUACAUACAGACACUAAUCAGAGACCCCUGAGGAUCUAUAUGGGUGAUGAUCUCACACUCUAUGGCAGGGCUAACUUUGACUGUCCUUCAAAGACCAAGAUAGUGCUAGGAGAGUGGUACUAUGUAGCAGUGCCAAGAGUUGGUCAUGUGCCUCAAUGGGGAAGACCAAGAGAGACAGAAAUUCUAAAUGUUCCCUACACAUCGAAACUGGAAAUUCAUGAUUUGCAUAGCAUGCUUGGUGUGUAUAUAUUUAAUUAUACACUAUCCAUCAAACCAAGUUCACAAUUGCCUCCUGUGGAAGGCUCAGAUAUCCUCUAUGUGGUCGUUGAGAGAAGGCCACUGAAGGCAGUUCUCCUUGGACCACAGAAUAUCACAGUGAAAUUCACAGCCUUACUCGUGCUGAAUGGAUCCACAUCCAAUGAUCCAGAUGUGGGCAUGGCUGUACAGGGACUCUUCUAUUCUUGGUACUGUACCACAAACCCAAAAAACUACCAGGGAGACAAAAUAACAUUGAUGAGCAAAGAAGUGUGUGGCCCAGAACAAACAUCUCUGAGGUGGGGAAAUGAAAGUCUUUCAGUGCAAGAAAUAAAGCCAGGAACACUGGCAGCUGGGCGUGUAUACUAUUUCAGAUUGGUAGUAAAAAAAGACACCAGAUCAGCAUUUGCUGACAAAACGGUACAUGUACUGCUAGGUCCAGCACCAGAAGCCAGACUUUUGUGUAUUGAAAAUUGUGAAGCAGUUUUCAGUAUAUCAGAUAGAUUAUCUUUGUUUCUGAAUUGCUCAAGUUGCACAUUAAGCCGUGAUGUGUAUAGAUGGUCCCUUCACUCUCGUACUGGUGGUGAGAUACCUUUUGACUGGAAAGGGCUGACCACAACAGGAAGGAAUAGGAACUAUUUGUCUGUAAAAGCCUUUGCGUUAUCAGAUUUUCCAGAAGAUCAGUAUUAUAUUUCUGGCCGUAUAACAGCUUGGGCUGGAAAGUUUAGGGAUUUUCAGCACUUCUUUGUCAUCAACCAUGCACCUAGACCUGGAGAAUGCAAAAUUAAACCACGCAAAGGAACUUCACUUGCUACUAAAUUUGUUGUCAGGUGUAGAGAUUUUAAAGAUUACAACACACCUCUUAAGUACAAGGUAAUACUGUCAGAUUCAUAUGAUUCAAGGGAUAGACAUUCCUUAAGAGAAAACAUCAUGGGAGUGAGUCCAUACUUUGGGACUCAGUCCACUACCUCUUUCUUUCUCCCCGUUGGCUUACUGGUGAAUCGUUACUCCUUGAAGAUCUAUGUUCAGGUGUAUGACUCUCUAGGAACCUUUACUCAGGUGACUUUGGCCAGCACUGUGUUGCCUCCCACUAACCGUCUCUCCCCAGAGACUGUGCUGCAGAAGUUACACAAUCUCACCAUGGGACCAGAUUCCAAACUCUCUGAUUUGCUUAAAAAGAAGGAUUUCUUGGGUGCAGGCUACUUAAUUUAUAUUGGGGCUUCUGUCUUGAAUAGCAUGAGAUAUAACUCAAGUAUGCAAGAGGACAUGGUCCAACAUCGAGAACACCUGGUCAAUCAGACUUUCCAGCUUCCCUUAAACACUUUGGAGGAGAUCACCCAAGUAGUUGCAGCUCUUGCUAAGUUAACACAGAGGGUGUCUGCUAUCACAGAAAUGUCCCAGGAGCGGUCCACAGAGAGGAUCUCCCAAGCAAAUCAAGCCCUGCAAGAGUACCGGAAGAGAAACAAGCAGUUUCACUCUGAGCAGAUAGAUACUGUGUGCACUGGCAUAUUCAGAAGUUUGUCCAAUCUCCUUAAGCUCUCUGCUCAUCAUAAAGCUUUUGAUGAACCUAUCUAUGUGUUAGACUCUCUAGCAGACACAGUCCUGGCUAGUGCUGUGCCAGAGAAUGAAACCAAGGUGCUGCAGAGCCCAGGCAUCAACAUGUAUGUCAGGAAGACUGGAGAGUGGAAUGCUGCCAACGUGAGUGUGCAGGGGGAGCACAGCCACAAUGAUCUCUAUGCUAAGGUGAAUAUCAGCAGUGUUCCUGGUCUGGCUGAGAACGCUCCCAUGUCUACAACAUUCAUUGAGUUUACUGAAGACCCUUUUCCUUGGAUAGAUUAUCCAGAAAAUAUUUCAACUGAUGUUGUGGGAUUCAGAAUGUCAGCAACUAUAGCUAAUGCUGAAGAAGUAGAAAUCACACCAGAGUUAGCAGAGGUCUACCUGGCCAGGAAAACACUGAGCUCUGAAGUGUUUAAUAUCACCAUGAGGCCCAGCACAGAGUUCAACAGGGCUGAUGAGUCCUCCAAGACAGCCACGGGGGCCUUUUGGUUUGAAGUGGACUGCAGUGAGCAGAAGGAGGUGCUGCUACAUAUCAUCACAGAAGUGACACUGCUGUUCAGGGUCUCUGUGUAUGCUGGUGACAAGGUCUCAGCAACUAAUCUUGUUGCCACCUAUUUGGUGCCCCGCGACAUCCCUCCCAUGGCCAACCACAGUGACUUGUUUGACCCAAACUGUACCGUGAAGGCAGCCCGAGUGGUUUGCCUGUCACCAUCCCUGCUACAGGUCAUAGCAGAGAGGCUGCAGUCAACAUACUGUGUGAUAGCUGUGGUUCUGCAGGCACCCCAGUUUGUUCUGAGCCCUAAUAACAAGCUGGUGAGGAUUUCUGUGUUCAGAGUUCAGUGCUUGGACAUGUAUGGGAUCCAGAGUGAGUGGAAUGAGCACAGCUGCACCCUUGGGGAGAAGACCAGUUGGCAGAGAGUGCACUGCAUCUGCAAAACCAAAGACACUGAGCAGCCAAAACGACCCCCUAUAUUGUCUAAUCUCAGGCAGUACUCACGAUACUUUGUGGCCAAGGUAAUUGUUGUCCCUAACCCUGUGGAUCUCCACUUAGAUGUUGUCAAGAAAAUUACCCAAAACCCAGUGACUCUCAUUGCUGUGAUUUUUAUUUUGAUCUUGUACAUAAUUCUGGCUUUCUGGGCUCUGCACCGAGAUGAAACUGACCAAUUUAUUCGGCAACACGUGAUAAUCCUCCCAGAUAAUGACCCCUAUGACAAGACAUGCUACCUGCUUACUGUUUUCACAGGAAGCCGCUGUGGCUCUGGGACCAGAGCCAAUGUCUUUGUCCAACUUCUGGGGACAGAAAGUACCAGCGAUGUACAUUGCUUGAGCCACCCCCAUUUUCCAAGUCUCUACCGAGGAAGCAUCAACACCUUUCUCUUAACAACUAGAAACAACUUGGGGGACAUCCACUCCAUUCAUGUGUGGCACAACAAUGAGGGCAGCUCACCCAGUUGGUACUUAAGUAGAAUCAAAGUGGAAAAUCUCUUCAGCAGGAAAAUCUGGCUGUUCAUGUGUCGGGAAUGGCUUUCCAUUGACACCUCUUUGUACAGGACGUUUUAUGUUUCUCAGCCAGACCAGCCUGUGAGCAGACUUGACUUUUUUCUCAUAGACAUGACUUAUAAAAUGGGGAAAAGCCACAUGUGGUUCUCAGUUUUUGCUGCUGUCAUUAGUAAACAAUUCAAUCGACUCCAAAGACUGUCCUGUUGCCUGUCAGUGCUGCUCUCCUCUCUUCUGUGUAAUAUCAUGUUCUUAAACUUAAAUCCCAGUGAAGGAAUGGAGUCACCACAGGAUAAAUACUUCCGGUCAAUGAUCAUCGGAAUGGAAAGCACAUUAAUAACUCUGCCUGUACAGGUGAUCAUCACUGCUCUGUUCAACUUCUCCCAGAGGAAUCCCCUAGUACAUGAGAAACGUGUGGCUCCUCGAAUGAUUCCUGAAGUAGUAGACUCUGGUGACAACUGGGGAACCAUUUUGCAGAUGUGGUAUAAGAAGGAGACUUCUGAGCCUGAGAAAACUAGAGAUGAGGAACAGCAAAGAAUGGCUGCGACGUCAGUUCUGGACACCAAAGAAGCAGGCACCGUUGAAGAAGUCAUCAACACUAACACUAAUGCCAACCCCGAUGCUCAUGCUGAGGAGCCCACCUCAAAGGCUAGGUCUGGACAUGUUCAAACAACGACCCGGUUUGUUCUUCCUCACUGUUUUGUUUACCUUGCCUGGGUCUUGGUUUUUGCCACUUGCAGCAUCUCCUCAUUCUUUAUUGUGUUGUAUGGGCUAACUUACGGCUAUGAGAGGUCACUCAAAUGGCUCUUUUCUUCCUUUUUUGCAUUCAGUCAGUCAGUUUUCCUAGUGCAGCCGGUGAAAAUUAUUCUCUUCACAGGCUUUCAAACAAACCGCAGCAGGUACUGUAAAAAUCUCUCCUGGAUCAGCACCUACCAGUACACAGAAAUCUCACUGGAGGAUCUGAAUUUGAAUCCAUCAAGAAUGGCUAUCAUCCACCAGAACAUUGUCCAGCUUCAGAAAUCACGAAUGUACCAGCCCCUCACAGAAGAUGAAAUCAGAAUAUUCAAUAGGAAGAAGAUGGUCAAGAAAAGAGCAUUGCUGUUUCUCUGUUACAUACUCACUCAUUUCAUCUUUCUUGCCCUUCUGCUCACCCUUGUCGCUAUCCUGCGUCACAAGGACACCUUUCACUAUAAUCAAUUUAUCUCAGACCAGUUCUCUGUGGACCUUGUAACAGUGACCAAGCUGGACGACAUCUACAGCUGGCUGGAUAAGGUGCCUCUGCCUUUGUUCCACAAUGACGUGAAGCCAACAUUCCUCCCUGACAGCUCCUCCAAAAUCCUCGGGCUCCCACGGAUGAGGCAGGUCAGGGCGAAACCUGGUGGGAAAACAUGUCUGCCUGCAAAACACUUUGGCAAAAGCAGAAUAGCUGGGGAAAUCCACUGUCACCCUCAAUAUGGCAGUGACCCAGAAGACAUAAGAAACUACUCUGCUUCUUGGGAUACAGUUGCUAGUCAAGCCCCCGAGGAGACUGACAGUGGCUUUACCUACAAGCCUACACAAAGGAGCUGGGCAUACAGGUCCUAUGGACUCUCACAUACCUAUGGAUCAGGAGGGUACACAUUCCAGUUUUUCCCAGAAGAGCAGCAGUUUAAUUCAACUUUGAGGAUCAAGGACCUCCAGAGCAGCCACUGGCUUGAUGAGAAGACAUGGGCUGUGAUCUUGGAACUAACAACCUUUAAUGCAGACAGCAGUCUCUUCUGUAGUCUCUCAGUCAUUUUUGAGGUUUCCCAGGUGGGAGUGGUAAACACGAGCCUGUCUGCACACUCCUUCUCACUUGCUGAUUUCAACAGAGACACUUCCUCAGAAAUCUACUUGUAUGUGGCCAUUCUCCUCUUUCUCCUAGCCUACAUUAUUGAUGAGGUCUAUGUCAUUUCUCAGGAAGGGGCCCUGUAUGUGAGGAGUGUGUACAAUCUUGUCAACUUUGUUUUCAAAAGUCUAUUUCUGGUGCUGGCUGUGCUCUUUAUCAGGAAGCAUGCCUUGGCCAUGGGGGUGAUCCAGUUCUACUUGUCUAAUCCUGUAGCCUUUCUCCCCUUCCAUGCCGUUUCCCAGGUAGAUCAAUUUAUGAGGAUGAUUCUGGGCUUCCUGCUAUUCCUGGCAUUUUUAAAGACCCUCAAGUAUUCCAGAGUCUUCUACAAUGUGCGGCUUGCUCAGCGGGCCAUCAGGGCAGCCCUCCCUGGCAUCUGCCACAUGGCAUUUGUGGUGUCAGUAUAUAUCUUUCUGUACAUGGCAUUUGGCUACCUGGUAUUUGGCCAGCAUGAAUGGAACUACAGUCAUUUGAUGCAUUCCACUCUGACAAUAUUCUCCUAUUGUGUCUCAGCUUUUCACAACACGGAAUUUUGCAAUAACAGGGCUCUGGGGAUCCUGCUUCUCUCGUCCUUUAUUCUGCUUAUGGUCUGCAUCUUGAUCAACUUAUUCAAGGCUGUGAUUUUGUCUUCCUAUGAGGAAAUGAAGCAGCCUGUGUAUGAGGAGCCAUCUGAGGAAGCAGAAGCCAUGGCCUAUCUGUAUCACAAGCUAAGAACCGUGCUUACCUUUGUGGGCUUCCAUUCAGAGACCAGAGAGGAACCCGAAUUCUUUGUGGACAUGGUGUAUGGACAGCCAGAGAGGAAUAGCCACAGGUAUCUUGGACUGAAAACCAGAAACUUUCAUGGAGAAAACAAGGUUUAUCUUGUAGUUUAGUAGUAACACAUGUAAGAGUUGGAGAGAGGAGCUUUGUUUCAAUGUUCAGUUAUUGGUUUAGAGAUUGUUCAAUGCACCAUUGUUGCUACUCACCCUUACCCUGCAUUUAGCUGUCUCUGCACUUAGGUUCCCUUAUUGUGGAAGGAUUCCUGAUGCUGUCAGAAUGUCGUGCAGUGGCAGGGGAAAGAGUGUGACAGAAGCCAGUGCUACAGUAAAGCUGUUUCUCGAGAGACACAGGCAGUUUAGAGAUAGAGACCCAGUUGUGGGUGACAGAGCUAAAGAGCCCUUCCUCCCCCAUGUCCAAGCCUGGCGGGUGUACUGUGCCCUCUUUCCUCCUGAGUGUGGAGUGUUCAGUACCUGUGGCCAGGUGCUAGCCCAACCACCAGUCUUUUGGGUGUGUCCUGAUCAUGUGCUUGAACCUCCCAACAGUGCU